GUCAUCUUCCCAUAGUUCACCAAAACGCAUUGUGUCCUCUUCAACAACAUCCAUGAUUCAGCACUUCAACGAAUCCUACAUGUUCGGAUUCCAUUAUCUCUCCGAUGACUCUGAACAUUCUUCUACCUUAGAAGCAAUCCGACAGCACCUUCUCGGAAACGAAACCGCCGACUUGCCUGCCUCUUCUCCGGCAACACUUUCCUACGCCGUCCCAUUGCAAGGCCAGAGUUCAAUGUAUGACAUUCAUUACAUCAAUGAACUAGUUCCUGAAGUUUCCACCAUUAAUAACAGUAUCAACGUUGAUGCUGUUGUGGCGCGUGAGUGUAACGCGCCCCCAGUUGAACUGCAUUACCGGGGUGUUAGGCGACGGCCUUGGGGGAAAUACGCGGCAGAGAUCAGAGAUCCGGCUAAAGACGGUGCUAGGGUUUGGCUGGGAACUUAUGAUACAGCUGAAGAUGCAGCUAUAGCUUAUGAUCGAGCAGCUUAUGAGAUGCGUGGAGCUAAAGCCAAGCUUAAUUUUCCUCUCCUUGUGGGCUCCAACGUGUGGGAUUCGGUUCGAGCGAGUCGAAAGCGCCGCGACCUCUCCACAGCCGCUUCUGCUGUCGGCGGCGGCGAGUAUUCUUCGAAGCUUAAGCGGAUAAGGUUGAGCUAGUGAGGUGUGAGGGUGAGACACUGAGAUAAUUCAGAUAGUGUCAAUGUUGUGAUUUGGUUGCAUUCUUUUUUUCUUUUCUUUUUCUUUUUUUGUGAACUGCGUUCUUUUGUUCAUUAACUCUUGGCCUUUGAUAAAAAAAAAAUUGUAAUUCUUUGAAGGGCUAAAGAUUUUACUUGUGCCCUUUAAUGUUAUUGUUGGCAUUUUAUGAAAUUAUAUUAGUAUGUGGAUCGAGAGAGGUUUAGAGUACUAAUAGAUAGA